GUCCUAUUUACUUCAAUAGGUCAGUACGGAAAAAUAGUUCAACCGGUCAACUCGUACGAGUAUAAUACUGCCGAAUUUAAACCGUUAUUGUCAACAUGAAGUCGCUUGUGAUCCUGUGUGUUUUGGCGCUGGUCGGGCUUGCAAUGGCCGACACGAAACCCCAUUCGAGAGGGUGCAUCUACAUUCUUGGGAGAUGUUCCCGUGAGUGCGAGGAGGGUACCCACGCGUACGCUCUCGGCUGCGGCCACAAAACCCCCGAGCCGACCUGCGAAGAACCAAAGCCGGUGGAAGAGAAGGGCAUUCUCUGCGACUACUCGGCCUGCUACUGCGACCCGCCGACUGUCCGGGACACCGUGUCCGGGAAAUGCGUGGAGCUGGAGAAAUGUCCUAAGAAAGCUUAAUUUUUUAAUAUUUUUUUGGCUUCGGGGCGUACGCGGGGUGUUCGUGGGGCGUUCGAUAUUUGUUGGGGAUAUUUGUAACUUAAGCACCAGAAAGGUACAUAAGUUGCAAAUAUCACACAACAAGGUUCACGAAAGACCCGCGGACGACCCACAAACGACCCGCGUCGUCUCAGAGUAAUUUAAACAUGACUUUUAUAUGACACGUGUAGAAGAUUACACGUAAUAAGAUUUCAACUUUUUUAUAAAUAAAUUUUGACAUUUAA